GUAAUAGUUAUUAUUUAAAAUAUUUUAAAUUAUAUUUUGUUUUUAUUUUUAUCACCGCAGAAUUCACAUGAAGUUGAUGUCCAGGAUACUACCAAUUUGAGGCAUAAUGAUUCAUUGGUGCAUUCGCCAUUGACAGACACUGAGGCUUCGUCGUUAACUCCAAAACGGGCUAGAUCAACUAUCGGAGCGGCUUUUUCAAGAAUUUCAGCAUAUGCCUCAGAUGGAGAAAAAAAUAAACAAAUAACAAACAGCAUCGCAGAAAUGAUAUGCCGGGACAGUCUUCCUUACAAUAUGGUGGAAGGAACAGGAUUCAAAAAGCUAAUGAAAACUAUCGUUCCUUUGUACAAGGUUCCAUGUCGUAAAACUAUCACAGAUCUCAUUGAUACUAAAUAUGACGAAAAAAAGACCCUUAUUAAACAAAAAUUACGGUCUGUUAAAAACGUCUAUCUUACAAUAGAUGAAUGGAAGGAUAUGCAGUUAAGAAGUUUUUUAGGCGUGACUGUUCACUUUAUAUAUUAGAAAAUUUUGAAAUGAAAUCGGUGAAUAUCGCAUGUGAACUGCUUCAUGACAAUCAUACAGGCGAAUAUUUAUCGGAGAUGGUUCUUAAUGUUUGUGAAGAUUGGGGUUUGUCGCAUGACAAAAUUGUGAGUGUUACUACAGACAAUGGCGCUAACAUGGUUAAAGCUAUUGAGAUUACUUUCGGCAGAGCAAAACAUAUUCGAUGCCUAGCACAUACGUUGAAUCUAGUAGUUGAAAAUUCUGUGAGUUCCUCUGAUGUUAAACUUUUUUUGGAUAAAGUACGAAAAAUCGUAACUUGGUUCCACCAAAGUGGUGUAGGCGCUGAAGAAUUGCGACAGAUGCAAAUGCAGGAAAGCGUUGUUGAAGGAAAAUUGAAGCAUUUGGUCGGAGAUGUGUCUACAAGAUGGAACUCACAAUUAUUUAUGAUUGAACGUUUUGUGUUAAUGAGCAGCACAAUUGGAUCUAUUUUAAUAAACCAUCCGAAUGCACCCCAAAUGCUUCAAGCAAACGAAAUCGUUGUGCUCAAAGAAAUUGGAAAAGUUUUAAAGCCUUUUCACAAUGUUACCGAAGAAAUGAGCGCUGAAAAAUAUGUGACAGCUAGUAAAGCUAUACCUAUUAUCAAGUGCUUGAGAACUUUGUUAGACGCUAUACCGAUAACCAGUGAUUUGGCCAAUCAAUUCAAAUAUUCAUUGCAAACAGAACUAAAAAAAAGAUUUGAAAACAUACAGAAAGUUCACCUUUUCUCAGUCGCAACGUUUUUGGAUCCUAGAUUCAAAAAAAUUCAUUUAGAUGAGCCAUUAUCUUUGUCAAAAACAAUUAAUUAUACCAACCGAUGCCUAAGUUUAAAUACUAGGAAUGAUGAUACUAUACUGGUGACCGAUUUUGAAUCAUCUGUUUCAUCACAAGUUGCCAGCGACGAUCAAGAUAUAUGGCAGGUACACCAUAACAAAAUAAUGGCUGCUAAUACGUCAAUGACAAAAAAUACAGAGAUAGAUUUAUAUAUCGCAGCGCCAUUAUCAAAUCUUAAAGUAGACCCUCUCGAUGUAUGGAGAAGUUCUGAGGGAACUUUUCCAAAAUUAACAGACUUAGCUUUGAAACACCUCUCAGUGAUGGCCACUUCUGCACCAGCUGAAAGAUUAUUUUCGAAGGCUGGGAAUAUUGUCAGAAAAACUCGAAACCGUAUUUUAGGAAAGCGACUACCAAAACUAUUAUUUUUAAACUCUUUGACUGAAGAUUUAUGGCAAUAAUUUUUUAAGUUUCUGAUAAAUUUUGAUUUGAGGUUUGGAGGAAGCUUCCUUUUCUUUUUUAAUGUUCAUACCCAACAAUUCUCGUUAUAUUUAAUACUUAAAUUAAUCGUUUAAUUUUAUUUUGAUUCUAGUCGAAUGUUAAUUGAUACAAAACA